UUGUUUCAUAUCAGUAACUUAAAUUUAUCAUCAUUACUGACACUUGCCGGUCAGACAAUGGUGAGGGCUGAAACUACACGAAGUCUGCAUUAACAGACAGAGCCGUAAUGUGAAGCAUGGCCGGGGAAGGCGAAAAGAAACCAGUGCUGGAGAUGGUCCAGGCUGAUGGGGCUGAUGAGGGCUGCGUGACAUUUGUGUUGCAUGAUGAAGACCAUACACUGGGCAACUCUCUCAGAUAUAUGAUCAUGAAGACUGCGGAUGUCGAGUUUUGUGGCUACACCAUCACCCAUCCGUCUGAGAGCAAGAUCAACUUUCGCAUUCAAACACGAGGGGGAAUUCCAGCCACAGAGCCUCUGCGGAGGGGCCUGAAUGAGCUCAGUGAUGUUUGUCAACAUGUUCUCAACACCUUUCAGGCGAGAGUUAAUGAGUUCAAAGAGAGGCAGGAGCAACCCAUGGAAUGAAGAGCGUCACAUAUGUUUGACUAUGAAGCUGUCAGAUACAGUUUCUACAAACAAACUGUAAAAAUGUUACCUUUAUUUGUCCCUUUUUAUAUAUCUACUAGUUAGAGUAUGAAACGUUCUCCUCAAAAUAGUUUGAUCAUCUCACAUUCAAACAUUUGUACAGUUUCCCUUUUUGUAUUAUGUUGGAAUUGGUGUAUGGUGUAUGAUAAAUGUGCCCUCUGUUCAUCAUUCCUGAGUUUUUGGAACGAUAAGCGAAAGAAAUUUACGACAUAAAAGUCAAGUCAACAAGGA